AAAGAAAGAGAGAAUCUCCUUUGACCCAAAAACUUGCAUUAUUACUCAUUUUAUGGACCAUGAAACAUAAUUUCUCACGUGUCAUGCAAGUCCUACAAACAGUGUUCAGAUUAAAAAUUUUUUAAAAUUAAUUUAUAUAUACACUCAUUUGUGGAGGAGUACUUGACUCUAUAGUGUUUGUUUAACAUUAAAAAUGGGAAAGUUCAAAAGGGUUUGUGUGUUUUGUGGAAGUAAUUUAGGAAAUAAAAAGAUUUUUAGUGAUGCAGCUCUUGAUCUUGGAAGACAACUGGUGGAAAGACAGAUGGAUUUAGUAUAUGGAGGAGGGAAUUUUGGGUUGAUGGGUCUUGUUUCUCAAACAGUUCAUGAUGGUGGACGCCAUGUUCUGGGUUAUCCCAACAGCUCUUAUCCCAGUAGAGGUCAUGCAGUGGGAGAAGUAUUGAUUGUAUCUGAUAUGCAUGAAAGGAAGGCUGAGAUGUUUAGGAGAGCUGAUGCUUUCGUUGCUCUUCCUGGAGGGUAUGGAACCUUGGAGGAGUUGCUUGAGAUUAUAACAUGGUCUCAACUUGGAAUCCAUGACAAACCAGUUAAGUUUUGUUGCAUCUUUCUUUUCAUUUGUUUGUAAUUAUAUAUCAAUGUAUGUUAAUUAAGGCAAUUAAUUUUGAAAGAGAUGCCUAA